GGAAGGACCUCUCUGUACUACUUCUCUUUAAACUUCCCUUCUAACUCUUUCUCUCUCUCUCUCUUUCUCUUUCUCUUUCUCUUCUACAUAUUUAUAUUUCUUUCUCUUGAUGUCUCUGUAAUUAUUUCCUUCAUUUGAAGCUUUCAAAACCACCCAACAGCUUAAAAUUUUGAUAGUAUUACUGGGUUAAUCGAUCUAAGAUGGCUCGGGUCAUUGACGACUUUUAAGGCAUUGAAAUUGUUGUAAGAGAUGAGAUAAUCGACGGGGGGGAAUUUGAAUCUGGGGUCUGUUUUCUUGGCUGAUUCUGUAAUUGAUUUUUUUUUUUUUAAUAAAUUCGGAGUUGAAUUUUUGGAGAAGAGACUUUGAGUUUUGAAGAUAAAUACAGAGCGAUUUUAGUUGUUCGUUUGAGGGGUUUCUAAGAGAUUUGUUACCUUUUUUGAAAGUGGAAGAAGAAUUGGACUGAGAAAAAUGCAAGCGAUUAUCGGACUCUGGGAUUCGGAUUUACAUUUCGCUUGUUUUCUGCGGUGAAAUAAGCAGAUUUCUGUUCUUUGGAAGAGCUGAUUCUUGGGGGGGAGGGGGGCAAACCCAGAUCAGAAAUUUCAGGUAGUGUAUAUAUAAUUAAGCAUAUGGAGAAAGAAAAUCUCAGAAUCAAUAGCCAUGGCAAUUUCGUUAGUAAUAAUCUCAACGGGAGGGAUAGAACCAGCGUGGACAGCUCGCUGUUGUUGCGAGCGAGAUCCGAAGCCGCCGUUGUCGCCGUCGCAACGAGACCGCAGCCAACGCCGUCGGAAUUUGUGUUACAAUGGGGAAACCGGAAGCGUCUCCGGUGUAUGAAAGUUCCGGUUAAGGCCAAGGAUGUUUCCGCCGCAGCACCGGCUCACAGAACCACCGUCCGAGUGGACCGGCGAGUCGUUAGAGCCGAUAAAGACUCGAUUAUACAUAACCACCAACCAACUUCUAAUCAUAACCUUAAUCCGAGUAAUGGGUAUUUGAAUCUCCGUCAACGGCCGAUUUCUCCUCAACCGCCAGUUCUACCGCCGCCGCCAGCUCCAUCUCAGCGUAUUCUAAGGAACUCUGAGAUUUCCGGUACGAUGAGAGCCCAAUCCAACGGCGGUGUCAGAGCAAUUACUUCUCCGGACAGGGCAGCGCCGGAGAAAAAACCACCACCGUCUCAUCACGACCACCACCAUAAAUCCGCCGCUACCUCAGACACAAAAAAAGGUGGGUCAUCUUCCGGCAGCGGAGAACCAACUGCACCGCCGCAAGCGCUGCCGGUUUGGCCACCGAAGUUCGUAAUAGCUUUAACGAACAAAGAGAAGGAAGAAGAUUUCAUGGCGAUCAAAGGGUCAAAACUGCCUCAGAGACCUAAAAAACGAGCAAAAAUUAUUCAACGCACCAUCAAUCUGGUGAGUCCGGGGACGUGGCUAUGUGAUUUAACGUUGGAGAGAUACGAAGUAAGGGAGAAGAAAAUUUCUAAAAAGAGACCAAGAGGGCUUAAGGCAAUAGUGAACAUGGAGUCGGAGUCCGAGUGAGGAAAAGAGGAGAGUUUCUGAUCACAUACCAAAUUAAUUUAGAACCACUGUUUUGUUGUGAUUUUGUGGAGAGGAGGGGAAGAAGCUUUUAAUUAUGUGAAUUACAUAAAUAUAAAAUAUAUAUAUAUAUAUAUAAGUUGUAGAUUUUCUCUUGGCUAAUUGAUUUUAUUAGCAUAAUGAAAUUGUAAUUAUUCUAAUUUUUUAGUUCUAAGUUGAUCCUUUUGAUAACGGUUUUCAAGUAGAAAUUACCAAUUCUUAGAUUGAAAAUAGAAAUGAGGGUGGAAGCUACAUUUGUUUAUGGAUUAAAGAGCUUUUUCUUUU